UAGUAAAGGAACUCCGGGCUCGCGCGCUCUGAUUGGCUGGACUGAAGGACAAGACCUCCUCCCCUUGGGGCACUGCCGCUCUGAGCUGCAGGUGUUGGGGUGCUGCUCCGGCUACGGCGCGGUGGGACGGCGGCCGGGGUGGCGGCGGCAGGAUUCCCAGGAGCCAUGUUGUCAGAAGUCCUACUGGUGUCUGCUCCGGGGAAAGUCAUCCUUCAUGGAGAACAUGCCGUGGUACAUGGCAAGGUAAAAAGCCCUGUCCGUUCACCCUCUGGGCCUCUGGGAGCAGAGACUUGUUGCCUGACUGAGGGCUGGGCUGAGGAUCUGACCACACUGGAGGCAGCACCUGAGGCCCUCUCACCCACUUGUGUUUGCUUGUUUGCCUGUGGGACAGAGCAAGGUGAUGUCACAGCGCCCACCCCAGAGCAAGUGGAGAAGCUGAAGGAGGUUGCGGGCUUGCCUGACGACUGUGCCGUCACCGAGCGCCUGGCUGUGCUGGCCUUUCUUUACUUAUACCUGUCCAUCUUCCGGAAGCAGAGGACCCUGCCGAGCCUGGAUGUGGUAGUGUGGUCGGAGCUGCCCCCCGGGGCGGGCUUGGGCUCCAGCGCCGCCUACUCGGUGUGUCUGGCAGCGGCCUUCCUGACCAUGUGUGAGGAGAUCCCAAACCCGCUGAAGGAUGGGGAGCACAUCAACAGGUGGACCAAGGAGGAUUUGGAGCUCAUUAACAAGUGGGCCUUCCAGGGGGAGAGAGUGAUUCACGGGAACCCCUCCGGAGUGGACAAUGCUGUCAGCACCUGGGGAGGAGCCCUCCGAUACCAACAAGGGAAGAUUUCAUCCUUAAAGAGGCCGCCGGCUCUCCAGAUCCUGUUGACCAACACCAAAGUCCCUCGCAGUACCAAGGCCCUCGUGGCUGGCGUCAGAAACAGGCUGCUCAAGUUCCCAGAGAUCGUGGCCCCACUCCUGACCUCGAUAGAUGCCAUCUCCCUGGAGUGUGAGCGCGUGCUGGGAGAGAUGGGGGAGGCCCCAGCCCUGGAGCAGUACCUCGUGCUGGAAGAGCUCAUUGACAUGAACCAGCACCAUCUGAAUGCCCUCGGCGUGGGCCACGUCUCUCUGGACCAGCUCUGCCAGGUGACCAGGGCCCACGGACUGCACAGCAAGCUGACUGGUGCAGGUGGCGGUGGCUGUGGCAUCACACUCCUCAAGCCAGGGCUGGAGCAGCCAGAGGUGGAGGCCACGAAGCAGGCCCUGACCAACUGUGGCUUUGACUGCUGGGAAACCAGCAUCGGUGCCCCCGGUGUCUCCGUCCACUCAGCCACCUCUCUGGACAGCCGAGUCCGGCAGGCCCUGGAUGGCCUCUGAGAGGAGCCGCAACAUUGCAGCCCCACCCAGAGGCCCCUUUCUGGAGUAUUCUGGGGGCUGCAGCUCGCCCCUGUACGGCCAGCAGGCACCCAGCUCCUGACACUGCCGGAGGGGCCCCAGCCGCUCGCGAUGCCUUUCCUGCGGAGCUCUGCAGGCCAUCGGUGGGACCUAGGGAGGCAUGGUCUGUGCUCUGCAUCAUCUGGAGCCAGCCAAGCAGGGGCCCAGGAGGAUCCUCUGAGGCUCCAGACCUGAGACGAGAGGGCUGCUUCCCCAGGCUCCCACAGUCCCAUCUGCCUCGGGCCCGCGCCUUGGCCUGCGAUCUUGCUGGCCGCCUGGGUCAGGUGCUCCGAUGCUCUGAUGCUGGGGCCGGGUUCCGAAAGCAAUGAAGCCAGUGCCUUCUCUCUCCCUCAGCAGGAACUGCCCCGUCUCUCAGGGCCAGGUCCCUCCCUUCUCCAGGAAGCCUUCCCUUACCUCUUGUCCCUCCCUCCCAGAGCACCUGCUGUGUGGCUGGCUCAUUCAGCACUUGGUGUGGCCUUCCCUUCUACCUGGCGGGGCGGGGCGGGGCAGGGCUCCCCCAGGGGCUGUCCAGGAGGCAGCAGCCUGGUUAAAUAAGGCAGGGUCAAUGUGCAGUUUCUUCCAAUCUGUACCUGAGAGGUUUGCAAAAAAGAUGGCAAAGGGAAAAUAAAAAGAUUUUGUGUCAA